AGCGGGGCGGGCCCCCGUUUCCUCCUGCUUCUCUUCCGGGGCAUCUCCUUCUCUCCCUCUCUCGCCUUUUUCUCAGUCUCCCCCUCGGCGGGCGCCGCCUUCAUUCCUGUCAGCCGAGAUGGACGCGCUGGGGCGGAAGGUGGUGGUCUGCGACAACGGCACCGGGUUUGUGAAAUGCGGAUAUGCAGGCUCCAAUUUCCCAGAGCACAUCUUCCCGGCUUUGGUUGGAAGGCCAAUAAUUCGAUCGACUGCCAAAGUGGGAAACAUUGAAAUUAAGGAUCUUAUGGUAGGUGACGAAGCAAGUGAGCUGAGGUCCAUGUUGGAAGUGAACUACCCGAUGGAGAAUGGCAUCGUACGGAACUGGGACGACAUGAAGCAUCUUUGGGACUACACCUUUGGACCAGAAAAACUGAACAUCGACACACAAAACUGUAAAAUACUGCUGACAGAACCUCCCAUGAACCCAACAAAGAACAGGGAGAAGAUUGUGGAGGUAAUGUUUGAAACAUACCAAUUUUCUGGGGUCUAUGUAGCCAUUCAAGCGGUGCUGACUCUUUAUGCUCAAGGGUUACUGACAGGUGUUGUUGUGGAUUCUGGAGACGGAGUGACCCAUAUCUGUCCAGUUUAUGAAGGUUUCUCCCUUCCUCAUCUCACCAGAAGGCUAGACAUCGCCGGCAGAGACAUCACCAGAUACCUAAUCAAGCUGCUGUUGCUCCGAGGUUAUGCCUUCAACCAUUCCGCUGAUUUUGAGACAGUGCGUAUGAUUAAAGAAAAGCUCUGCUAUGUGGGCUACAAUAUCGAACAGGAGCAGAAGCUGGCUUUGGAGACGACUGUGCUGGUGGAGUCCUACACUCUCCCAGAUGGCCGGAUUAUCAAAGUGGGCGGCGAACGGUUUGAGGCCCCGGAAGCCCUGUUCCAGCCUCACCUGAUUAACGUGGAGGGGGUCGGCGUGGCCGAGCUGCUCUUCAACACCAUCCAGGCUGCAGAUAUUGACACCAGGUCAGAGUUCUACAAGCACAUCGUGUUGUCCGGAGGUUCCACAAUGUACCCAGGGCUGCCUUCCCGACUGGAACGCGAGCUGAAACAGCUUUACUUGGAACGGGUCCUGAAAGGUGAUGUGGAGAAACUCUCUAAAUUCAAAAUCCGCAUAGAAGACCCGCCCCGUCGGAAGCACAUGGUGUUCCUGGGGGGCGCCGUGCUGGCAGACAUCAUGAAGGACAAAGACAACUUCUGGAUGACCCGGCAGGAAUACCAAGAGAAGGGCGUGCGUGUCCUGGAGAAGUUGGGUGUGACGGUUCGAUAAAUGCGGGCAGCAUCCUCCCGGCUCAGAUGUUCGCAUUCCUUCUCCCGGCAGUCUUUGAGAACGCCUUUGGUUUUACACUAAUGGGACAGGCCUGUGCCUCUUCGACCCGAAGGCCAGGUUUUGGGUUCUAGUACUUUCUUUUUUUUUGUCUGUUUUGGUAUUGGAUCACGUGGUUGUAUUUUGAUGACUUAAUUGGACCACUUCUCUGCAAGUAAAGCCAGGGCGGGUGAAGCCUGGCUUUUCCGUCUGGUUGGUUUUUCCCUGUGGCAGCUGGGUUAAUUACAGUAGACUUGUUUUCACAAUAUUAUAGUGCCCCUCUUCAGCUUUUGUGUGUUUCUCAUCGUGGGUGAGAAUCCAUUGAGCGGGAGAGAGGUUUUUUUUGUUUGCUGCUAGGUACCUGCCACCGUUUUAGCAGGACAGAAUUUUUUACUUUGCUAUCAGAUAACCUGCCUUCAUUUUUAGCAAGGGAGAAUUUCUGCAUUGCUAACGGGUACCUAACAUCAUUUGUUCACAGGAAAAUGGUUCUACCUGCCGCUGUUUUUUAGCAGGACAGAAUUUUUGCUUGGCUGCCAGGUAACCUGCCUUCAUUUUUUACCAGGAGAGAAUGUUUGCUUUGCUCUCAGAUAACCUGCCAUCAUUUUAUACUGUUCCAUCGGGGUCGGGGAACGUUGGUGACUGUAUCGUACCUUGCUUAGGGAGUGUGUAGGCAGGUGAAGCUUUCAGCCAAUAGCCAAUCUUUAAUACUCUCCCAGAGUACUUUGGACACUGUGGACGUAAGGGAUCAGAUCCCGUGGAUUGGUUCCACGUGUAGAGGAACUUUCCUUUGUCAGAAAGGGGGUUUCCUGAGCCUCUUGUGUCAGAACGUGGCUCCUUCCACCGGAGGAAAAGGCCUCCUCCAAUAGAACAGAUCUGCGGGAAUGACCACAGAGCUUCUGAAAUGAAGUAACACAGAAAACUGUUAGUGUCUAAAACUGGGCAGGAAUGCAGAGGGGGAAACACAAACAGCCUUUUAAAGUUUCCUCAAAAGAGUUAGCAGUUCCAGUUACAAAACAACAGUAACAAACCAGAAACUCUCUUGUAUUAUUCUGUCAAAUAAAUUUCUAGUGGCUAUGACUUGGCUCUAGAUAGCUUUUCCCCCUAUAGGAUGUAUACGGUUUAUUUCCUUUACUGUUUUCUCCCCUCCUCUUGUUUUGGUACUACAGUAUCUUUUUCAUUACCAAAAUGGGCUUAAUGGUGUGUUUGCUUCUUCUUUUUUUAAAAAAUGGGAAAUGUUAAUUAUGUCAUCUGGGACUGGAUUCCCUGCAUAUAAUCUAUAGAAAGAGUAAUAUGUUCAGGAAAAGUCUGUGAAUAUUCUAAUUUACUGGUACAAUAUUACAAAAUACGAGAAGCAGAAUUGUAUUAAAUUUCAGACGCAAACUCAGUGCCAAGAAAUUGCUAAUUGGUUUUUUUUUUAAAAAAAAAAUAACUGUUAAAUGUUAUUUAAAAUCACCCAGAUAUUUAUAUAAGAACCUGUCGGUAGGUUAUGAACAAUGACCUAUAUUUGUAGCAGUUAAAAAAUAAUAAUCUUGGAAUGCUGAUCUUGUAGUAAGCAGGUAGAUUCUGAACAUUGACCAGUUCCGUUCUUGACUCGGGGAGGGAGGUGAAAUAAAACGAGUAUUUGCAAUACUGUUUCAUUAAAGACACACACGCUGUUGGAA